CGCGUGGUGCUCAAGGGCGGCAAGUCCAAGCUGUUUGCGGAGCAGCAGCAGCCCAUGGUGUACUCGGGCGCUGUGGACCGGGUGCUGGGGCGCCCCGCCCCCAAGGCCGGCGAUGCUGUGCUGGUGUGCGACGGCAGCGAGAAGACGAUCGGAUGGGGCGUGUUCAACCCCAGCAGCAUGUUCCGCGUCAGGAUGAUGCAGACAGCGGACGAGGUGUUUGGCGGCGGCGCCCUGCAGCAGCGCCCCGACCUCCACGCCCUGGUCGGCGCCCGCAUCCAGCAGGCGGUGCGCCUGCGUGCCGCGCUGGGCCUCCGCUGCGGCCCUGCCCCAGCAGCAGCGGCAGCCGGGGCGCGGCAGGGCGGCGGCGCCACUACCGUGUUCCGCCUGGUCAACAGCGAGGGCGACCGCCUUUCGGGGCUGAUUGUAGAUGUGCUGGGGGAGCACCUGGUGGUGGCGUCCUCGGCUGCCUGGGUGGAGAAGCACCGUGAGAGCAUCUGCACCAGCCUGCGGCAGCACACGGGCCUCUCCAGCAUCAUCUGGCGCCCCGCGCUCGACAUGCUGCGGGAGGAGGGGCUGGAGCUGGGGUCUGCGGGCGAUGGUGCGGAUGGCAGCACAGCCGAAGCAGCAGCCCAGCUCACUGCUGUGGUGGUCGAGAACGGCAUCCAAUACCUGGCGGCACCCUACGGCCAGAAAACCGGGUUUUACGCGGACCAGCGGGACAACCGGGCGGCGGUGCGCCAGCUGGCCUCUGGCCUGCGCGUGCUGGACCUGUGCUGCUACGCGGGCGGCUUUGCGCUCAGCGCGGCGGCGGGCGGCGCGGGCGAGGUGCUGGGGGUGGACUCCUCGGCGCCCGCCGUGGAGCUGGCGGCGCGCAACGCGGCGCUCAACGGCUGGCAGGAUGUGUGCAGCUUUGUGCGGGGCGACGUGACGGAGUUCAUGAAGCAGGCGCGCGCGUGUCGGCGGCGGUGGGACCUGGUGGUGUUUGACCCGCCCAAGCUGGCUCCCAGCCGCAAGGCACUGGACAAGGCGACCCGCAAGUACCGCCGCCUGAAUGCGCUGGCCAUCCAGCUGGUGGAGCCGGGCGGCCUGCUCAUGACGUGCAGCUGCAGCGGCGCCAUGAGCCAGAGCGGCGGCUUCGUGCCCAUGCUGGCGGGGGCGGCCAGGGAUGCGGGGCGGCGCGUCACGGUGCUGCGGCUGGCGGGCGCGGCGCCCGACCACACGCUCGACCCGAACUACCCAGAGGGGCAGUACCUCACCAAUGCCCUGGUCAGGGUC